UGUGUGAGGAUGAAUGGAGUUCUUGUGUCUGUGUUGAUAAUCAGCAGCUGAAGUUUGACCUGGUCGUUAACAAAGAUAAUUAAUCAUUAAACUGAAGCAGAUAUUUUCACCAGCAGACACUGAGUCACUGGCACAGAGAAAACUGAAGUCAACAUGGCCGACAGCACAGUCUCUGCAGGUGGCAGCAGCGUUGGCAGCAUCACCACUCAGUCUCCACCCACCUCAGGCGUCGGUGUGGCGGCUGCUGACAUCGCUGUUGUGGUCGUCUACUUCUUCUUCGUCAUGGUGGUUGGCAUCUGGUCAUCGGUUCGAGCCAAUCGCAGCACAGUGGGCGGUUACUUCCUUGCUGGACGUUCUAUGACCUGGUGGCCUAUUGGAGCGUCGCUUAUGUCCAGUAAUGUGGGCAGUGGGCUGUUUAUCGGUCUGGCAGGAACAGGGGCAGCAGGAGGGGUGGCAGUGGGGGGGUUUGAAUGGAACGCAGCCUGGGUGCUGCUGGCUCUGGGUUGGAUCUUUAUUCCCGUCUACAUCUCGUCUAACGUGGUGACGAUGCCGGAGUAUCUGUGCAAACGCUUUGGAGGAAAGAGGAUCAGGAUCUACAUGUCUGUGCUGUCACUGAUCCUCUACAUCUUCACAAAGAUCUCUACAGACAUCUUCUCUGGAGCCUUGUUCAUCCAGGUGUCCUUUGGCUGGGACCUGUAUCUGUCCACAGGAAUCCUGCUGCUGGUCACUGCUGCCUACACUGUGGCAGGUGGUCUGGCUGCAGUCAUCUACACUGAUGCUCUCCAGACUGUCAUCAUGGUUGGCGGAGCGUUUACGCUGAUGUUUAUUGCAUUCACCAGAGUGGGCUGGUACGAGGGUCUUGUUGACCGUUACAUGUCAGCUGUUCCCUCAGUAGUGGUUCCCAACACUUCCUGUCACCUCCCUCGCAGCGACGCCUUCAGAAUGUUCAGAGACCCCGUGAGCGGAGACGUUCCCUGGCCUGGACUCAUCUUUGGACUCACUGUUCUGUCCACCUGGGUGUGGUGCACCGAUCAGGUGAUUGUACAGCGUUCUCUUUCAGCUAAAUCUCUGACUCAUGCUAAAGCAGGAAGUGUUCUAGGUGGUUACCUCAAACUGCUGCCAAUGUUCUUCAUCGUGAUGCCAGGCAUGAUCAGUCGAGCACUGUUCCCAGAUGAGGUGGCAUGUGUGGACCCAAUGCUGUGUCAGAGUGUGUGUGGAGCUGCAGUCGGCUGCUCCAACAUAGCAUAUCCUAAACUGGUGGUGGAGCUGAUGCCUGUGGGUCUCCGUGGUCUGAUGUUGGCUGUGAUGCUCGCCGCCCUCAUGUCAUCGCUUACCUCCAUCUUCAACAGCAGCGCCACCUUGUUUACUCUGGACCUGUACCAUCGAGCCCGACCCGCAGCCUCUGAGAUGGAACUGAUGAUCGUUGGAAGAGUGUUCAUCCUGUUCCUGGUGUGUAUCAGUAUCCUCUGGAUCCCAAUCAUUCAAUCAGCUAACAGUGGUCGGCUGUUUGACUACAUCCAAUCAGUAACCAGCUUCCUGGCUCCGCCCAUCACGGCUGUCUUCCUUACUGCCAUCUUCUGGACACGAGCCAACGAACAGGGAGCCUUCUGGGGUCUGAUGUGUGGCCUUCUGGUGGGUCUGAUCCGGAUGGUUCUAGAAUUUUCAUACUCUGUUCCUGCCUGUGGAGAAGUGGACCUUCGACCUGCUGUGCUUGCUGACGUGCACUAUCUGUACUUUGCACUCAUCCUAUUGGCUAUCACGCUUAUCACCAUCGCUGUGGUCAGUCUGGCCACGCCUCCAAUCCCGGAAGAACAUCUCCACAGACUGACGUGGUGGUCCCGACACAGCACAGAACCUCGGGUCGACCUCUCAGGACCCCCACUGACCUCUGACCCCUCCAUCUGUGACCAGAGCACUGACUCCGAGCCUGAGGUGAGGUCAUGGUUGCGUCGAGCAGCUCUGUGGCUCUGUGGCCUGACGGGGGCGUCCUCCAACCCUGGGACCACCUCUGGGUCCAGACACAGCGAAGUGAGUGCUCUGCAGGAGGAUCCGUUCUGGAGACGAGUCUGUGACGUCAACGCUCUGCUGCUGCUCCUGAUCAAUGUUUUCCUGUGGGGCUUCAUGGCCUGAGCACCAGCUGCUACCACCACGCCACCAACAGGACAAUGUUUUUUCCUCAAAAGGAUUAGUGUGAACUGGUCAAACAGUAAGUGGAGCUAGAACCAUUCAUUCUUUUGAAAUGUGAUUGUCUAUAAUUAGGAUGGAAGUUAACGAGAACUGAUCAACACAAAGAUGAUGUUAAAGAUGUGGGUCACAGAAUAUUGAAUGAACAAAAACAAUGAUUUUCCUUUUUUAUUACCAUUUGUCCAAUAAAGAAAAUUCUGGAUCAG